CUGCAGCAGCCGGGAGCCGCCGCAGCUGGCGGGCCAGGCUCCUCCUGUCACAGCCCAGCCUGGAGGGAGCCGCAGCGCCGGGGCUGGUACAUCCGCGGCGAGCUUGGGGAGAGCGCCGGGCCGAGCGCGGGGGGCCCCGGCUGAGAGCGCGGAGCUCAGGUUCGCCUGCCCGGCUCCAAGCCCGGCGAGGCGAGGCGAGCUUGCGGCCGGCACGCGGGGGUGAGGGAGCUCGCCGGGAGCCGCGGCCAUGGCUCUGCCCGCGGGGCUCUGGGCAGCCUGGAUCCAGCUGGUGCUGAGCGCCGGAGCCGCCAGCCAGGCGCUGGGCAUGGCGGGGACGCCUGUGUCCGAGCCCCAGGUGGCCGUGUUCUGUGGGAAACUGACCAUGCAUCGAAACCUGCAGACGGGCAGGUGGGACCCCGAUGCUGCUGGUGCCCGCAGCUGCUUCCGCAGCCGCCAGGAGAUUCUCGCCUACUGCCAGGAGGUGUACCCUGAGCUGCAGAUCACCAAUGCAGUGGAAGGCACCCAGCCAGUCACCAUUGACAACUGGUGCAAGAAAGGACGUCCCCAGUGCAAGGGGCAUCGGCACAUCGUGGUGCCCUACAGGUGCCUGGUGGGUGAGUUUGUCAGUGAAGCUCUUCUUGUGCCUGACACCUGCAAGUUCCUGCACCAGGAGAAGAUGGACUCAUGUGAGAGCUACAUCUACUGGCACGGCGUGGCCAAGGAGGCCUGCAGUAGUGAGGGGCUGGAGCUGCACAGCUAUGGGAUGCUGCUGCCCUGUGGGGCUGACCGCUUCCGGGGCGUGGAGUAUGUGUGCUGUCCCUCACGCCCCCUCCCUCUCCGGCUGGAGGAACCCACCCCAGUUCCCCGCAACAUGGCCCAUCUGAAGGAGGAGCCCAAGCGCAGUGAGAGGCUCCCAACAGGCCGGGCCCCCACAGAAGAGGAGACACUGGAGGCAGAUGGGGAUGGGGAGGAGGAUGUUGAGGAGGAGGAAGAGAACCAAGGCCUCAGGGACAGCGCAGCUGACACCGACCCUUUCCCCGCCACCUGGGAUGACUAUUUUGUGGAGCCGGGUUACUACGAUGAUAGCGUCACCCAGACCACCAUCACCACCACCACGCGGAGCACCGAGGAGGAGGGCAAAGCCACUCCUACUCCGCACCCCACAGAUGGCGUGGAUAUCUAUUUCGAGAUGCCAGGCGACGGGAGUGAACAUGCCAACUUCCUGCGAGCCAAGAUGGACCUAGAGGAGCGCAGGAUGAAACAAAUUAAUGAGGUGAUGAAGGAGUGGGCCGAGGCGGACAACCAGGCCAAGGAGCUGCCCAAGGCUGACCGGCAGGCGCUGAAUGAGCAUUUCCAGUCCAUCCUGCAGACGCUGGAGGAGCAGGUGGCGGGCGAGAGGCAGCGGCUGGUGGAGACACACCUGGCCCGGGUGGUGGCCUUGCUGAACGACAAUCGGCGCAUGGCGCUGGAGAGCUACCUGAGCGCUGUGCAGAGCGACAGCCCACAGCCAGAGCGGGUGCUGCAGGCGCUGAGGCGGUAUGUGCGGGCGGAGCAGAAGGACCAGCGGCACACGCUGCGGCACUACCAGCAUGUCUGCGCCGUCGACCCCGAGAAGGCCGAGCAGAUGAAGUUCCAGGUGUACACCCACCUGCACGUCAUCGAGGAGCGCAUGAACCAGAGCCUGGCCCUGCUCUACAAGAACCCUCGGCUCUCCACAGGGCUGCGGGACCAGAUACAGGAGCUGCUGCGGGCAGAGCAGGCAGGGACCAGCAGCCUGCUCACCACAUCCAUCUCCGAGACACGCACCACCGAGGAGUUCCUGCCACUAGACAGCAGUGAGGACCUGAGCCCCGAGGACACACACCUGAGGGCCGGGGACCUCUUCCAGGGGGAAGACUCCCAGCUAGUCGAAAAGAAAGCCUCGGGGAUGGUGGCCGAGUAUGACUACCUCACCAGCGAGAAGACCCCAUUGGGCGAGGAUGAGCAGAGGGUAAACAUUUCCAUGGGGGACAUCAAGGAAGUGGUGUACAAGUCCCCGGAGAUCCAGCGUGACGAGCUGGAGCCGGACACCCUGGUAACCAUUAACAGGGGUGCCCUGAUUGGCCUGCUGGUGGUGGCGGUGGCAGUCGCCAUGGUGAUCAUCAUCAGUCUCUUGAUGGUUCGCCGGAAGCCCUAUGGGACCAUCAGCCACGGCAUUGUCGAGGUGGACCCCAUGGUGAGCCCCGAGGAGCGGCAACUCAGCAAGAUGCAGAACCACGGCUAUGAGAACCCCACCUACAAAUUCUUCGAGGAGAUGCACUGAGAGGCCAACUGUACCAUGGGCGGGAGGGGCAGUGGGGGGACACGGCGUGAAGCAUUCACAAACCACUCCCCCUCCCCUAACACUUACAGGAGAGGAUUAAACCCGCUCCCCCCCACGCCUUCUUGUCCCAUCUCCCCUUUGCCCACUGUCCCCCCACAAUGCUACCGACCCCCCCCGUGUGUCCCCCUCCAGUGUUUUCCCAGCCCCUGACAACCCUACCCCUAGUGCUUCCCCCAGUCCCUUUCCCCCUCCCCCACCCUGCUUUCUAAACAAUCCACUCAACUCCCAUGGAAUCAUGUCCCUACAACGAGGAGGGCUUUGGGUGUGCACCCCGUCAACGUUCACCCUCUCGCACAGGCAAUGCUGAGACGUACACUCACACAAUGCAGACAUGGCACCAUAACCUCCACCCAAUCCUGCACACAGCAACACUUGCAUCCAAAUCCAUGUGCUGUUAGCUCACCGCCUGGCUGUUAGGUGCAUCCAUAUUACCCCCCCUUCACUAGCUGUACUUAGUAUCAGAGGGGUAGCCGUCUUAGUGUGUAUCCACAGAAACGAGGAGGCCGGUGGCACCUUAAAGACUAACACGUUGAUUUGGGCAUAAACUUUUGUGGGUAAAAAACCACUUCUUCAGAUGCAUGGAGUGAAAUGCCUGUAUCUGUAAUUUUCACUCCAUGUAUCUGAAGAAGUGGAUUUUUACCCCUGCAAGCUUAUGCCUAAAUAAAUCUGUUAGUGUUUAAGGUGCCCCUAGCCGCCUCCUUGUUUUAGUUGUACUUAAUUUAUUUCAAAGCUGGAUGGGGGUUGGAUGGACAUACAGAGAGCAGGGCUCAUCCCCUCCAGUAGGGGGUGGCAGAGACACAUACACAUGCCCCUCCCCAAAUCCCCCACUACUAUAUUCAGCUGCACUUUAAUGGGGAGUCAGAGAGGGGCGGAUAAACCCGUGUGGAGGGCUUCCGGGGGCCAGUCCAUUCAGUUGGUGGGAUAUGAACUGUCUGUGGGGCGGGGCGGUGGUUGGGGGGGAAGUGGGAUGGGGGAAUGGGAUAGGGUAAAUCUACCUCCCAUGACUGGAGAGCAGGGUGCCUGGAAGAGGCAGGACCAGACAACGUCGCCCUGGGGCUCCAGAGCCUACGCUGGCCCCCUGCCCUGCCAGUCUGUAUGAACACGUGUGUUCAACUUAACUCCCCACACACGUGACUCCGGAAACUCCCCACCUCCGGAGAACGGCUGAAACGGGAUAUACCAUCUUAUCCCCUGCAGGGAGGGGCAGCACUGGGGAUAUACCAUCUUAGGGGGUAUUUGGGAUAUACCAUCUUGUCGCUUGCCGUUAGGGGUGGGAGUGUAUUUGGGACAAACCAUCUUACUCCCUGCAGGGGGGUAGAUGGGGGGGUUAACGAAAUAAAAAAUGAGGGUAAUUUAUUUUCUCUGCGUACAGUUCCGUGCACGCUGGGUUUUGUCCUUCGUUCCCUCUACGUUUCGUACCGGUAACAGAGCGCCCGAGGUCUGGGGGAUUGGCCUUUGCCCUGGGGCUGGGAGGAGUCUGGCAGGAUGAACCACCUGCCGCAGUUAGGGGGUAUUCGGGAUAUACCAGUGUCACGUGUAGAAGGCACAAUGGGUACAGUCGCGAGCUACCUUUUUACACCUGCAGUGGCAUAUGCUAUUUUACCCCCUGGAGCGGGGGGGUUGCAUUGGGGAUUUGCCAUCUUACCCCCUGGAGCGGGGGGCGUUGCAGGAGCUGCAUCAACUUCAUCGCUGGGAGGAGGGAGAUUGCAGUGACGCUGGCACUUCCCACCUGCGCUCCUUAGGUGGGGGGCCAAACCAAUGAUCGGGGGACUUAUCCCUCUCCCUACCAGUGGCACCCCAGAGGGAGGGUCCCCUUGAUCUUUCCACCCCCCAUAUACGCCCUCCCCAGCUGUUGGCAUGCCCCUAUUUUGCAUGUCUGUGAUUAGAGAAGGGAGGGAUGACAGGAGGAGAGUGGUUGCCCCACCAAACAUACCUACCUGCCAGGUCUCUGCCCCCCCAACCCGUGUGCCUCUCUUUAAUCCUUCUGUGCCCUGGCUGCAGGGCACCAGGUGUGUGCUAUUUCCCAGGCCACUUGCUCUGCUUCGCACUCUUUGGGGCUUGCCCAGCUGAGAAUGGCGAGAUGCAGAACAUCACUCGCUGGGAGAAGGGGGUCAUCCUGCCCGGCCGCCACCCCAACUAAUAAAAUAUUGUCACUUCCUGAAA